AGGCAAGCUGGAAACUGGCGGGUCCAUGGAUGUUGCCGGAGUGCGGAUUAUGCCCCCCGAGCUGCGCUUCGUGGAUGCGAUGCCAGGCAGAUCUUACAGAGCGCUGCUCAGCGUCCAAAACCUGCAGAAACGCAGCUGUUCGCUUCAUUUACUACCUCCGGAACGGCCUCAGUUCAAACUAAUUAUGGAAAAUCCAAAGAAACCUGUUGCUUCUGGCCUUUACAUAACAGCUACUGUGGAAUAUCGUCCGGACAGUGAGGAAGACUUUCAUGAUAGGCUCCUCCUUCAUGUAGAGAAAAAAGUAAUUGAAAUUCCUCUGAUUGGAUUACGUCCAUGUUGUUUUUUAGAAAUUGAACCUGAGAUAAAUUUUGGAACAGUGAUUGCGAACAGUAAAAUAAUACAUGCAGUAACCAAAAUCACAAACUAUGGCUCAUCCCCAGGUACAUUUCACAUAAAAUAUAGAGGAAGUGUUCCAAUUAUUAUAGCACCAAUCAGUGGCGUGAUAGAACCAAAAACAAUGAAAUUGAUAAAAGUAGAGAUAUGUACCGAUGUACCCAAAAUACUUAAUCAACUAGCCACUGUGGAGUUGCAGGGAGUGCCCACUGCUGUGAUAAAGAUCAAAGCCAAUAUUGUGGAACAAGUUCUUGAGGUUUUAGGUGUGCCUCACUCAAAUACUAUCCAGUGUGUUAAUUUUGGAUAUGUUUACUUUGGAACCUCCAAGAUAGAGGAAGUUAUUCUUCACAAUAAAAGUCCAGAGCCUACGGAUUGGGUGGCAGUCUUGAUGGAUAAUGCUGUUGGUGGAGAGAUGGGCACAGAUAUUAAGCAGAGUUCAAAUGCUGUUUUGAAAAAUUAUCCUUGCAAUCAAGGAACAGAUGUUUCAACUCUGAUUACUUGCAUUCCUAAUGAAGGAACACUACAACCUUAUCAGAAGACUGUGGUUUUUCUUUCUUUUAGUCCAAAGUAAGUGGUUUUAGGCAGAAAGGAUGUGGGAACACUAUCACGAAAAGAUUAUGCUGUCUUUUUGAAAUUUGAAGCUGUAGGAAGCAAAGAUGAUUUUUUACACACAAUGCUUGGUGCUGAAAUACCCAUCCAAGGGAAUCCCCACUGUGUUGAACUGGGUUUGAUAGGCUCAGGGCUUCCAGUCAUGUUGACAUUCAUCCCAGGACCAGUUAUCAGUUUCAAAGAAUGUUAUAUUGGUGAACACACAGAUCUUGUUUGCACACUCCAAAAUGAAUGUGAUGUUCUUCCAGUGACAUUUGUUUUUCAUAAGAUUGCACAUUAUAAUAUUUGCCCCGAAAAGGGAAAAAUAAAAGGAAAGUCUGUAAAGGAUGUGAUAUUUUCAUUUAUCCCACGACAUAUAGGAUCCUUCACAGUGAGGCAGAAAGUAGAUAUUAUAGGACCAGUAGCAAAAAAAGAUGACUUUCCAGUUUUAGAGAUGAAACCAUUUCAUCAAAUACAUUUAGUUUUUUCUGGCCUCUGCAAGUCGGUAUCCACUAAUGUGCUGAAAACCAACCCUGCUAACAAGAGGGAUCAACAGAGUGAUGUUGCACGAAUAGUACUACUUAAGGCAGAUAAAACACAAUUACAUGCUCACCGGAUUAAUAGGAACUUAAGCAAUGAACUAGUAGCUAUGCCCAAUGAUCGUCCAGCCAGCAUACGACCUGCUGAGUGGAAUAAGGAUUACAGGACUAUUUUCACAAAAACUUCCAGAUAUUGUUACAUAGAUCCAGAGUUCUCUUACACAGUAUAUGAAGAACUGGAAAAGCAAAUGAAUACAGAGUACUACGCAGACUACAUUCACAAUUUAAGAAAAGUCCGUUUAAAAAAAAAAGAAGCUCAGAUAUCCAAAAUGCUUAAUAAUCCUGUGGACAUAGGAUUAAAGCCAGCAUCAGGGCUAAAAUCUCCUAUGCUCAGAAUUUUAAAGCAUGAUAACAUGGAGAACGAAGCUGCUUGUGUAAACAGAAAUAGCCUGUUAACUAGUAAACAGCUAGCAGAAAUCAAAUCUACAUCUAUACAAAAAGAGGUGAAUGGUUGUCUUAAUCCUGAACCAUUGUCUCAGCAAGAAAUUGAAGACUGCAGUCUAAUUUUGACACCAAAACAGCUUCAUCAGAUAGUUAUUGGUCCUUCCACUAUUGACUUUGGAGAAGUCUGUGUGCAUUCUACAACUACCAGAAAAAUACAUAUCAUAAACAACCUACCUGUGCAUAUAUGGCUACAAAUAGAAAUUAAAAGUGAAGAACUGCAACGAACUAAUCCUUUGUUGCAUGUCAUAACGCCUUUUAUGAAAACUUGUAUUACCGUGGUGUUUGAGAAGGACACAUUAGGGAACUUUAAAAAGUCUUUCAUGUAUUCAAUAAACCAACGCCAUGUUGGACACAUUUUAGUAAUAGCAAAAGUUGUGCCAGUUGCUUUGGAGUUAUCUACAAGGGAAUUGACUUUAAAUCCUGCUUUUAGCUUUCUAGCAAAAACUGGAUUUAGGACAACAGUCACUCUAUAUAAUCAAAAAAACUAUCCUGCACAAUUUACUUGGAAACCUGUCAUCACAGAUAAAGGAAUGGGAUUUUCCAUCUGUCCAGAAAAGGGUAUAGUAGAAGCAAGUAAAGAUCUGGAAUGCGAAGUUGUUUGGCAUCCAAGUUUCUCCUCUUCUGCAAAUGGAGAAUUUGAUUUGUGUGUGCAUGAAGGAAAAACACUUAGAUUAAAAUGUUUUGCAAAGGUAUUAGUAUACGUUUUGCAGACUAUAAGACACUCCAAAGUAUAG